AGUGACAAACUGAAGCUUGCCAAAGAGCUGUCGGACACGGUCGUUUACUGCAGAAGCGUCCACUUCGAAGGGUUCGACGGCUCGAAUCCUCGCCCCUCCAACGAGAUGUCGUCCUUCAGCGAAGGGAAAGCUCUGAAGCUGGCCCAGGAGUCUGGAACCAGCUUCAUCCGUCACAAUAGCAGGCAACUAAGCCGGAUCUACCCAGCGGGAUGGAGGACGGAUUCCUCGAACUACAAUCCAGUUGACAUGUGGAAUGUGGGCUGCCAGAUAGUCGCCUUAAAUUUUCAGACCAAGGGUACAGAAAUGGACAUAUACCAGGGUCGAUUUCAAGAAAACGGCUUCUGUGGGUACGUCCUCAAACCGGACUUUCUUCAGGACCAGAACUCUAAAUUCAAUCCCAGAUCCAUCACAGAAGGGUCGUGGAGGAUGCGGAAGAAACUCCAAGUUAAGGUCAUCUCCGGCCAGCAGCUGCCCAAGGUGAACAAAGGCAAAAACUCGAUCGUUGACCCGAGGGUGAUUGUCGAAAUCCACGGCGUCCACCGGGACAAUGACAAGAAACAGACCAGAGUUAUCGACAACAACGGUUUUAACCCAUAUUGGAACGAAACGUUUGAAUUUGAUAUCGACGUUCCCAGACUCGCUCUCGUUCGUUUCAUGGUGGAAGAUUUCGACACGUCGACGAAAAACGAUUUCAUCGGGCAGUUCACGGCGCCUUUCCCGAGUCUAAAGCAAGGCUACCGGCACAUCCACCUCCUGACGAAGAACGGAGACCCGUAUCCGUCCGCCACCAUAUUUGUGCGCAUCAACAUUCUGGACGCUUGACAGGAAUGCAGCCAUCUUCUCCGACCGCUCAAGGGUUCCAAACGAACCCGGGCUCCCACGCUGGAAGGAAAGGCUCCGAAUCCCACCUCGCUUUUCAGUCCCUGCAAGAGCCGUAAACAACAGGAUGGAACCUAAGCAGUCCAAUUCCCCACCCUUAAAUAUGCAAACUUGACUUGCUGCGUUUAGGCCUGGCGAACUCUGCAAAAAAAACCCCUUCUUUAGAAUAGUGAAUUUCAUUACGUGGGAGGCACCGUUUAAAAAUAUGCCUGCUCCCUUAAUCCUGGCUGCUGUUUCCGGACAGAUGAGAA